AUGGAUACUUCAUCAUCAAGCUCACCUCAAUCUAAAACGAAAUCGCCUGCUGAUGUUAAAAAAACGGAACAUAACUCAACUCUUAAAUUAUCAAGACCAUUUUUAACCACCAAGCAGAUAAAAUAUUGUCAAUCAAAGACCAUAACUGAUUAUCGAAACUAUAGACAAAGAACUUCUCAAAUAUUAAAUAUCUUGAGUGGAAUUUGCAACAAUCUAAAACUACCAACAAGAACAUUAGAGAGUGCAAUGCAAUAUUUCCAAAAGUUUUAUCUUUUUAACAAAUUUGAAUUGAAUGAAUAUUACCUAGUUGGUUAUGCAUCUUUAUUACUUGCAUGUAAAAAUGAAGAUACAAUAAAAAAAGCAAAAGAUAUAAUAUUGGCAGGUAACCCUUUAUGCCAUAGAUCAACAUCAUUGGAUUUUGUUGAGCAAGAACGUAAAUUGGUGUUAAAUUAUGAAAAGAAAAUACUAGAAACAGUAUCAUUUGAUUUUAGAAGAUGCCAUGUUCAAGAAUUUUUAAUAAAGUUUGCCAAAAAAUUAGAGAUUGAUUAUGAGAUUACAUAUUUGGCAUGGAUAAUUGUUUAUGAUUCGUUUUUAACAGAAAUAAGUCUAAAGGUUCCUCCAACUGGUAUUUCAAUUGCCUGUUUAAUAAUUGCAAUAUUUAUUGAAAAAAAUGAAAAUUUACUUGAGCAAUUUGAUGAUGAGAUUUUUUUCACUUGUGAUAAAAAAUUUGUAUUUGAAGCAUUAAAUGAUAUUUUAGAUUUUUAUAUCAAUAAUUAUAACUACUCUCAACUAAUUGCUAAGUAUCCCGAAAAUGAUAUGUUGGUGAAAUUUAAAAUUUCAUUGGAUGAUUAUAAAGGUUUAGAUGAACCUGAUGAUAAACUAGUUCAAAAAGACGAUUAUUUUCAAAUUAAUAAUUAUUAUUCAAAUUCAAGUGGAUUUUCAAGAUAUAUGUUAGGCAAUAGAAGAAAAAGGUUUAUUGAUGAAAUUGAAGAUUGA